AUGGCACCCCGUGCACUACUGAAGACUUUCAUGGACGAAGUCCAUGAGGCUCGUACAUCGUCGGAGACGGCUGCAUUUUCGGCAGACAACUUCGUUGCCUCGUUGCGUGUGACGAUGUCUCGCACAACGAAGCGCGGUGGUGAUUUGCACACACCAUCGGAGGGCGGUAGUACGGAUGGUACUGACACCUCUAUAAACCCGGACCCUCCUACUCUUGCCCGGCCUAUUGCGAGAACAGACGCUGGGACUAACCAGGACUCCGGUACUGGCACAGCGGGUGCCCCUGCUGAUGGCAGUGGUGACCAGCGAUCGCAAGCGGAGAAAGCGCAGAAAGCGCAAACCCAGCAUGAUGACGCUCUGCGUGAGCAGAUUCGGCAAGACACCCGAAAGUUGAUGGGUGAGGAGGCUCGACGGCUGCGGUUGGAACGUCACUGGGACCAGGCGGUUACCGAGACGUCAUCGUCAGCCACUUCGUCAGGGAGCGUACCUCUGGCGCACAGGGCAUCAAGGGCCGUGGAACUGGCUGUUCUCCAGCUGCCAUCAGGCUCUAAUAAGGCUUACGCUGCAUUAGCCAUGGUAAAUGAUAAUAUCAGUAAAUUCUUACUGGCUCAAGCAAUAGUUGAACCAGCUAUGUUAGAAAAGGUAGUGACGGCGAUCAAUGACCAAAUCAAGGUGUACCCAGCAUGUCCUUUCGGUGGCGGGUUUGCGGAACAGGGUCCACCACGCCUGCUCAGUUGGUUGCAGCAUUCGUGGGCAUUUUACGGCCCAGCUCUAUUGGACUUCAUCAAAAUUGACGAUGAAGUGAGUACAAAGGUAAAAGCCCAGGUUGCAAAACAGCAACAGGGUGCUCCACAAGGAGGUGGCGGCAAUGGUGGUGGCGGAGGCCAUCAACGUGGUCUUGGCUCCAGAGGUGGAGGGGGGCAACAAGGUCAACAACACGACGCUUAUCGGCAGCAAUUGCAAGCGCAGUUGAACGCCGCGAUUAAGUCAAUUCGCGGUAAAAGGACUAAGGACAUCAGUAGCAGUGGUGGCGGCCGCAAGAAGUCACGCUCGCGUUCACGCUCACCGCGUGAGCGAUCUUCCAGCAAGUACCAUAGGAAAGAUAGCGAUGUGCGUUACUUUAGACCAUGGAGGCGGAGUCGUAAGCACUCGCAGUCCGCAGGGUCUGAGUUGGAUCGAGGGCAUUCGCACAGGCGUUGA